UUUUUUUGAAAAUCAGUGAUGUCUUUACGCGGAGGCGCCACUAACUGAAUUUUUCAGCGCAGUCAAGCGAAUAAAGGAUUGCCUCUGUGGAAGUGAAGCUCCAUCCACUCUUGAGUAUGAACUUAGCAAGUCAGACUUAUGUGCUGGUGGUCUUUCUCACCUCCACGGUCUUCAUAUGCCGGGCCCAGGAGAGAGACUACACAGUGAAGGAGGAGCAGCCAGAGAAUGUACGCAUCGGAAACUUGCGCAGGGAUCUCGACCUCAAUCUCGACCCCAACAUCCGGCUGUCCUCACCCCUGCAAUUCAAGCCUGUGUACAAGACAGGCGACGUGCCUUUGGUGAGGGUGGAGGCCAACACAGGGGAGAUCUUUACUACCAAUCACCGAAUCGACAGGGAGAAGCUAUGCUCGGGGGUCUUUGCAGAAAAACGCUGCUAUUAUGAAAUUGAGGUGGCUGUGUUGCCCGAUGAGAUCUUCCGACUGGUCAAGAUCCGUUUUCUGAUUGAGGACGUCAAUGACAACGCGCCCCUUUUCCAGUCCACGGUCAUAAAUAUUUCCAUCCCAGAGAACACAGCCAUCAACACCCGAUACCCAGUGCCCUCUGCGUUUGACCCUGAUGUCGGGAUCAAUGGGAUCCAACAUUAUGAGUUGGUCAAGAGUGUCGGAGAAUUUGGCUUAGACAUCAUUGAGACACCUGAGGGUGACAAGUGGCCACAGUUGAUCGUUCAGCAGAACCUAGACCGUGAGCAGAAGGAUACCUUUGUCAUGAAGAUAAAGGUGGAAGAUGGUGGUAAACCUCCCAAGUCCAGCACUGCUAUCCUCCAAGUCACCAUCUCCGACGUCAAUGACAAUCGUCCUGUCUUCAAGGAUAGCGAGUUGGAGGUCACGGUACCAGAGAAUGCCCCCACAGGGACUUCGGUUGUUCAGCUUCAUGCAACGGAUGCAGACCUAGGGUCCAAUGCCCAGAUUCACUUCGCCUUCAGUAACCAGAUCUCUGCCUCUACCAAACGCCACUUUGCCGUUGAUAGCACGACAGGAUUGAUCACCGUAAAGCAGUCACUGGACAGGGAGUUGACUCCUGUUCACAAACUUAUUGUUCUGGCCAGUGACAGCAGCUCAACGCCCUCAAGGGCCACAGUGACUAUCAAUGUUACAGAUGUUAAUGACAAUGUUCCCUCCAUUGACACACGUUAUAUAAUCAACUUGGUGAACGGGACUGUGCUGUUGUCUGAGAAUGCCCCGCUCAACACCAAAAUAGCCCUCAUCACAGUUACAGACAGAGAUGCAGAUCUCUAUGGAAAAGUCACCUGCUAUACUGACCAUGAUGUUCCAUUUCGUCUGAAACCUGUCUUUAAUGAUCAGUUUUUACUAGAGACAGCUGCUCCCCUGGAUUAUGAGACAACUAGAGAAUAUGCAAUUAGGAUAGUAGCCUCGGAUAGGGGGACGCCUCCUUUGAACACUUCAGCUAUGGUUUUAAUUAAAAUCAAAGAUGAGAACGACAAUGUGCCCAUCUUCCCCCAGCCAGAAAUUCAACUUUCCAUACCAGAGAAUAAUGACCCGUCCUCACAGUUAAUAAAAAUCAGUGCCACUGAUGCAGACAGCGGACAUAAUGCAGAGAUUAUUUAUACCCUGGGCCCUGAUGCACCCGACGGGUUUAAUAUAGACAGACAGUCAGGAAUCCUUUCGGUUGGCAAACGACUGGACAGAGAGAAGCAGGAGGGGUAUUCAUUCACUGUCAUAGGCAGGGACAAUGGUUCAUCAUCCCUGCAGAGCAAUGUCACUGUCAGGCUAAUCGUUCAGGACCUUAAUGACAACAGUCCAGCUUUCACACACCCCGAGUACAACUUCUAUGUGCCAGAAAACCUUCCUCUGUUUGGAACUGUGGGUUUAAUUACAGUGACAGACGCCGAUGCAGGAGAUAACGCUGUUGUGACUCUGUCCAUUUUGAAUGGGAAAGAUAAUUUCAUCAUUGACCCUCAAACUGGCGUAAUCAAGCCCAAUAUCACCUUUGAUCGGGAGCAGCAGAGCUCUUAUACUUUUAUGGUCAAGGCAGUGGAUGGAGGACAACCUCCUAGCUCUUCCUAUGCUAAGGUCACUAUAAAUGUGGUUGAUGUAAAUGACAAUCGCCCUGUGUUUGUUGUUCCUGCUUCCAAUUACUCAUAUGACCUAGUGCGGACCACCACCACCCCUGGUGAUGUUGUUACAAGAGUGUUUGCCAUUGACAAUGACACAGGUAUGAAUGCUGAGCUCCAGUAUAGCAUUACCAGCAGCAUCAUCAUCACAUCUCGAGUCUCCCCUCGAGGCCUAUUCUCCAUCGACAAAACAACAGGCAACAUAACACUGCAAGAGAAAAUUGUGGCAGCAGAUCAAGGGCUGCAUAGGCUGGUUGUCAAAGUCAAAGAUCUCGGGCAGCCGGAAUCAUUACAAGCUAUUGCACUUAUUCAUUUAUUUGUCAAUGACACUGUUUCAAAUGCCACUUUUAUCCAAGAGCAGCUACAGAAAAGCAUGGAGACGCCACUGGACCGAAACAUAGGGGACAGUGAGGUAACAACACAGGCUAACGGAUAUGUGAUUGUUGUCAUAGCUAUCAUAGCUGGGACCAUGACUGUCAUCUUGGUGAUAUUUGUGACUGCCUUGGUGCGCUGCCGACAGACACCCAGACACAAAGUGGUGCAGAAGGGCAAGCAGAGCGGUGAGUGGGUGUCACCAAACCAAGAGAACCGUCAAAUAAAAAAAAAGAAGAAGAGAAAGAAGCGAUCCCCUAAGAGCCUCCUCCUGAACUUUGUGACCAUAGAUGAAUCUAAGCCUGACGACCCUACACAUGAGCAUGUUAAUGGUACGCUGGAUCUCCCUGUGGAGCUAGAGGAGCAAACCAUGGGGAAGUACAACUGGGCAACCACACCCACCACUUUCAAACCCGACAGCCCGGACUUAGCCAAGCAUUACAAAUCUGCGUCCCCUCAGCCUACAUUUCAAAUCAAACCAGAGACUCCGGUGGCCCCAAAGAAGCAUCACGUGAUCCAGGAGCUCCCUUUGGACAACACAUUUGUGGUGGGCUGUGACACACUCUCCAAGUGCUCAUCGACGAGCUCCGACCCAUACAGUGUCUCAGAGUGCGGCUGUCAGGGGGGAUUCAAGACUCCAGGGCAAAUCACCACCCGACAGAAUGCGAUCCAGACGCCAGAGAAGUCUUUUAACUCACCACUGCCCACUUGUCCUCAUAAGGAGGCCUGUCAACUUGGGAAGAUAACGUCUGUGAAUACUCAGCGCCGAGUGACGUUCCAUCUUCCAGAUGGUUCCCAGGAAAGCUGCAGUGACAAUGGGCUGGGUGAUCCAGAACCAAGUAGCACAGCCAGUACCUCCCAGGCUCUUCCGCUCACCUUCCCCCAUGAGGAGUACUACGAGCAAACAUCACCGAACAGUCGCACGGAGGGAGAUGGAAACUCAGACCCCGAAUCAACCAUUGAGGUGAACCUCCAGAAAGCUUUGGCUGAGGCGUCCGAGACCUGUACCCAAGAGUGUCUGAUAUUAGGCCACUCCGACACCUGCUGGAUGCCACCAACCCUGACCCAGUUUCAGAGUCCGGCCAGCGGAAGCCCCGCCUCCACCCCUACCUCUGCUGCAAUUUCCGGUACGCUCCCCUCCUUUGGCUUCCAGCAGAGCUGUGCCCGGGGAGUCAAGGUUAACAUAGUCAGCCUGGGUACUAUGGAUGGCCGGCACACGCUGGGAAGGUCUGUGCCUAAAAAAGACGAGCUGGACAAAGGGCUUCCCCGGCUGCAGUUCUACAACACUUUGGAUAGACACUGCAGUAAGAAGGAGGACACCGUCAAGGUCAUCCCCCUGGCGAGCUUCUCAUCUCCUGGAAAGCAGACAGCGACCGGCGGGGGUAGCAGCUCCUUCCUACAUGAGCACCAGCUGUAAGACCAUGCUGUACAUGUGACUUCAUCCAGCUUUUUUCAAUGACUUCAUUAUUAAUAUCAAUGCAUAUGUGUGAAAGUGUGGAUCAUUUGAGUAGUUAUGACCAGCUCAGUUUUAGUAAUGGACACAUCUAACAAAUGGAUUUCAUCAUGCUCAUAAGACUUUGAAACAAUUGUAUCAUAAUAAUAAUAAUAUGGGGUCAGUCUGAAGGCUCACGCUUUUUCAAUGAAAUGUUUCUCAUCUAUUGUCACGGACACAUGAAUAGCUGGCCCUGAUAAGCACGAAUAACUCCUCCAAGGCCUAUUACAGUCCUUAUUUGGAUCAGCAACAAACCUUCAUAGAUACCCAACUCUUGUUUCUGCCAGGAUUUUGAAAGUUAAGAUGUUUUAAAAAAGCGGAGGACUCACACCUCUAUCUGGAUCAACUCAAAAUUAAAUCGGUCAUUUCUUGGCCCGUGCCUCACAGGUUUGGGGAAAAUACUGCAAACAAAUGAAGAAACAGCAAUGCAUUGCCAACCGUCUUGGCCAAGGUAGUAAACGUAGUCCCAAAGUAGUUUCCUCACAGAAAAGAAAAUCAGUGACUUUUGCUUUGACUAUAGUGAUGUGCGCUUAGUAGUAGAAUGGGACAAUGUACUAUACUUCUCCUUGUGCCCAGCUUAGAGCAACUGUGUCCUAAAAGACCAUUUACUCAUGCAGAAACAAAUGCAAAUAUAGUAUGUUCAGUGUGUUGAGUAAGCUAAUUUGGGCUAAAUGCUAAUUAGGGGCCCUGGGUGGUGUUUCUAUUUGAGAUUAAGUGAAAUAUUGCUCUGUAUAAUAUGCAGCACAAACUCCUUUGGUGGUGGAAGAUUUUUUUGUAUGUCUUGCCUGAACAUGUUUCACAAGUCUAUUUUGGUCGGGGGGGGGGGGGGCGUGAAAAGAUUUAGAAAAGGAAAAAAAAUCAAAAGCAUAACUAGGCCAAUGGUAGACAGCACUGGUAAUCAUUUUUGCAUUAUUUUCACCAAGGACCAUUAAAACCACGAACACUAGCACAAACAUACCCAAGAUGUUUCCCAUAUUGGUGUAUGCUCCAUCUCUGCCAGCUCCAUUAAGAAAGUGACGCUGCUAAAAGUCGUCUCGUUAUCUCGCCUUGAAAGGUACAGGCAGAUUCGUUUUGGAAACACUAGCCUUUUCCCCCCAUAUUCCUUUUGUUUCUGUUGGUUAUAUUUUGCUGCUCAGAAUCCUCCAUAUACUGUAAUAACAAGCCAUCAAAACAAUUAUGAAAUUCUCCGACUGAUUACUUUAAUGUGUGAUGUUGGUAGCUACCUUAAUUGUGGUUCAGAGGUCUAUACAAUUGUUCUUUGAGCUAACUGGGGAAUGUUCUUUGCAUUUGCACCAGCAAUGACAAACUGAUAAGACCUGAAAAGAUGAGCUUAAGAUGCUCCCACUCAUUCAGUGUCAUUGCUAACUUCCAAUAGCUUGCUACUAAUUACCAAUAUAUGUCUCCAUACAGCUGUGUUUAAAUACAUGCGAUUAUUAAUUUCUGUUCAAGUUGGAAUAAUAGUUGGCAGUGCAACAUUUGCAUUUUUAUUUAUUGAGCUGUUUGUUUGUUUUUUGCAGCCAUGUAUACCAUGACAUUACCAUAAAAUAUAUAUAUAUAUUGAAAAGAAUGAAAUAAUAACAAGAUACACACUUGGCAGUGAUGGUUAAGACAAUGCAAAACACUCUGAAUCACGUCUGUAAACUGUAGUGAUGAUGAUAACUGUUCCAAAGUAACUGUGCUGGAACAGAUUGGGUGCAGAAAAAUCUAUUGCAACAACAUUAAGUAUCUCUGUUUCCUGCUAACACCCAAGCCAGGUGUCUAAAUCGCCAAGUAUAUAUGAUUCAUUUCCCUGCACCAUUUUGCAAAUUGGGAGCAGCCCUGCAUCUAUAAUGUCGCGUGGCAUUCUUGAAAGAGGGUUCAAGGCAAAUUGUUUGCAUGCAGGCUGCUAUUGCAGCUAUUCUUUAAGAUCCUCUGGGGUCAGGGAUCUGAUCCUUUAUCAGAGAUUCAAACAAAUGAUCACCUAACAUGACCCUGUGUCAUGGACAAGGAAAUGAGUCAGUUCGAUUUUACUUGAGGUAAUUACGAAAAUAAAUGCAAUUAAAAAAUAAAUUAGACAGCAUUUCUAAUCAAUCUUUCUCCAAACAACAGUUGAUGAAAAGGCACUCCCUUUUUGAGAUUAUGUGGUUUUCUUUCCUCCAUCUCAAUAAACAUAAAUAUAUGAAAAUGGCAUCAACAAAUUCAAUCAAAAGGAGUGAAAUUGCUCGUAAAAACACAAUAGAACCAUUUCAGUCUAUGUUUAGAGAUUGUCAGGAUUCAGAGAGAACAUAUUAGACACAAAUAUUUUUUUUUUCAACAUUUUGGUGGAAUAAAAAGGGUAUGCAUUAUUGUUGUUGGACUAUUUGAAAGUGUCACCGCUAAUUGUGCCCUUGCUCUUAUCACAGAGGGAAAAAAUAUACAUGGAAUAAAAUGCUGUCACAAUGUCAUAAGCAAUGUUCAUGACAAAAAUAUUUUAUCCAAUCACAUGUGUACAAUAUGCACAAUAUACAAGUAUAACGUCAUAGCUGUUAUCUUCACUGUGUUAUCUUGACUACAUAAUAAUAUGCUGUCAAGUUGCAGCAGCUACAUUACACUACAUUAAAUACAUUGGUAGGGUAUCGCUUUGGAUUGUAAGACCAUUUUUGUUGUUGUUGUACAUCUGCCCCAUUUUUUUCUCUCAACAAAGCAAAGCAAAUCUACUGUAAGAACUUACAUUUUGUUCUUUUCAUAUCACCUCAAGUAUAUACUUGAAAUCGUCAGCAAUCACAGACUCUGCAUGAUUCAGCGUAUUUUUUCCCCUGUUUCUCUUUUUCCAUGUUCAUCAUCCAAACAGCCAAGAUACACAACAUAAAAGAUAAUAUUGCCUUUAGUUUUCAGACAAAUGUGUUUCACCCUCAACCUGUGACAUAAUUUGCAUGAACUUUUUGGACUCCAACAAGGCAUUUUAGCUCUUGACUGUGUUGUUGAUGCGCCCAUCAUUAGAUUCAGUAUCUACCUGUUUGUACCUGUUUGUCUCAUGGAACUAAACCAAUGUUAAAUGGAGAACACACACUUAAAUGUUGUAAUUUUUGCAUACCACUUGGGCUUACAAGUACACAAAUAUAUACGGUUAUCCUUAGGUACAACUGAAAUCACACUGUACAUAGCACCCCUAAGAACAAUAUUACAAAUGGAUACACUAACAGUAAGUAUGAAAGCUACAGGAAAGUCACUGCAAUGUGGAAAUGGGAACAUGGGGAAAAGGGAAAAUAUAAGAAAAGAUGAGAUGACAAUCUCUGUUGCUAUGUAAAUCGAUAUGCAUACUAUUGUUGGGUGUCUGUACGUGGGUCUACGUGCGUGCUUGCACGCAUGUGUGUGAGUACCUGUGUGGGUAAAUUAGCAUACACCUUAUUGCCACAAUAUUUAGUAUUACACAUAUGUAUCUUGUACAAAGCCUACUGUAUAUCAGAAUAUGAUAAGUACAGUAUAUGCUUGUAAAUUAGUUACCAGUGAAUGAAGUCAAGUUUGCUUUGAGAAGGCUUCAGUGCUUGCCAGCAAAUCUGUAUUGGUCAUUUAAAUCUAUACAGUCUGUGUUGUUAUGCAUUUGUAAGAUAUACCUUUUAAAAUUAUAAAAAUGAACUUCAAUAUAGUGAAAUGUUUUUUCUUGGUGUUUGAAUUUUAAUUGCGUCAUUAAAUAUUGAGUCUCC